UGUAUUUCUGUUCUUAAACUACCUGCCCCGCUAAUCAUUUUGUUUCUAGCCAUAUACGAUAUCCAACCGGGGCAAGACAGGCACAACUCUGACAGGACUGAAACAGGUUGUGUCGAGCCAUGGCAUUCAGUAAAGGUUAUCGUAUUUAUCACAAGCUGGAUCCACCUCCAUACAGUGUGAUUGUGGAGACCAGAAAUCGAGAAGAAUGUCUGAUGUUCGAGUCUGGAGCUGUUGCUGUACUGUCGGCGGCAGAGAAAGAGACCAUAAAAGCAUCGUACACCAAGAUGCUGGAUGCCUAUGGGAUCCUGGGAGUUCUGCGUCUGAACCUUGGUGAUUCUAUGCUGCACAGUCUGGUGGUCGUAACAGGCUGCAGCUCAGUGGGAAAAGUCCAGGAUUCAGAAGUUUUUCGGGUAACAGGCACAGACUUUGUCUCUCUGAAGAAUGACCCCACGGAUGAGGACCGGAUCGCUGAUGUCAGGAAAGUCUUAAACUCUGGGAACUUCUAUUUCGCCUGGUCCUCAACUGGAGUGAGUCUGGAUCUCAGCUUGAAUGCCCAUCGCAGAAUCAGAGAAGACACAUCCGACAAUCGCUUUUUCUGGAAUCAGUCCCUUCAUCUCCAUCUCAAGCAUUAUGGGGUGAACUGUGACGACUGGCUUCUGAGAUUGAUGUGUGGUGGCGUGGAGAUCCGCACCAUCUAUGCUGGGCACAAACAGGCCAAAGCUUGUGUGAUUUCUCGGCUCAGUUCGGAGAGAGCAGGCACACGUUUCAAUGUCCGAGGCACGAAUGAUGAUGGCCAGGUGGCCAAUUUUGUGGAGACUGAGCAGAUUAUUUUCCUUGAUGACAAAGUAUCCUCCUUCAUUCAGAUCCGAGGGUCAAUACCGCUAUUCUGGGAGCAGCCGGGAAUUCAGGUUGGAUCCCACCGCGUUAAGCUGUCCCGUGGUUUUGAAGCCAACGCGCCGGCUUUUGAAAGACAUUUCAGUGCUCUGAAAAGGCUGUAUGGCAAACAGUUGAUCAUCAAUCUUCUGGGAAUGAAGGAGGGUGAACACAUGCUCAGCAAAGCAUUCCAGAGUCACCUCAAAGCUUCAGAGCAUUCCAACGCUGUGAAAAUGUUGAACUUUGACUAUCAUCAGAUGGUUAAAGGAGGGAAGACUGAGAAGCUUCAGACUGUGCUGAAACCUCAGAUCAGCAAGUUUGUGGAGGAUUGUGAUUUCUUCUACUACUCAGGGGAAACCGGCAUUCAGAGAUGUCAAAGCGGAACCAUCCGUUCCAACUGUCUGGACUGCUUGGACCGAACAAACAGCGUCCAGGCCUUUAUUGCACUUGAGAUGCUUCCCAAACAGCUGGAAGCCAUGGGUUUGACAGAGAAACCUCAGCUGGUGGCUCGUUUUCAGGAGGUUUUCCGCUCCAUGUGGUCCACCAAUGGAGACUCCAUCAGCAAGAUCUACGCAGGCACUGGUGCUUUAGAUGGCAAGGCUAAGGGCGGAAAGCUAAAAGAUGGAGCUCGCUCGGUCACCAGAACCAUCCAGAACAACUUCUUUGACAGCUCUAAACAGGAAGCCAUUGACAUCCUGAGACUGGGCAGCACCCUUAACAGUGACCUGGCAGAUAAAGCACGAGCACUUCUCACGACAAGCAGCCUAUAUGUCUCUGAGCCAAUUUUACAGUCAGCCUCUCCAAGGGUGCUUCUAGGCAUGUGUCAGAACCACUUCAAAUACACUCGGCCCAAGAAGAUCCGAGUAUGUGUGGGAACGUGGAACGUAAAUGGAGGCAAACAGUUUCGCAGCAUUGCGUUUCGUAACCAUACGCUCAACGACUGGCUUCUGGAUGCUCCUAAGAAAGCCGGACACCCAGAAUUUCAGGAUGUCAAAAACAACCCUGUGGACAUCUUUGCUAUUGGUUUUGAGGAAAUGGUGGAGCUGAAUGCUGGUAAUAUAGUCAGCGCAAGCACCACAAACCAAAAGCUGUGGGCCGCAGAGCUGCAGAAGAACAUCUCCCGAGAUCAACGAUAUGUCCUGCUGGCCUCAGAACAGCUGGUCGGUGUGUGUCUUUUCGUCUUCAUUCGCCCUCAGCACGCACCCUUUAUCAGGGAUGUUGCUGUAGACACAGUGAAGACUGGAAUGGGCGGAGCCACUGGUAAUAAGGGAGGCGUGGCUAUUCGUAUGCUCUUCCACACUACCAGCAUCUGCUUCGUGUGUUCGCACUUUGCUGCCGGUCAAUCACAAGUCAAAGAGAGGAACGACGACUAUAAUGAGAUUGCACGCAAACUGUCCUUCCCCAUGGGUCGUCUUCUGUACUCUCAUGAUUAUGUAUUCUGGUGUGGAGACUUCAACUACCGAAUCAAUAUUCCCAAUGAAGAGGUGAAGGAGCUGAUCAGACAGCAGAACUGGGAUGCACUUAUUGGUGGAGAUCAACUGGUGGAGCAGAAGAAUGCAGGACAGGUCUUCAGAGGCUUUAUUGAAGGAAAGCUGGAUUUUGCGCCCACUUAUAAAUACGACCUUUUUUCUGAGGAUUACGACACUAGUGAGAAGUGCCGCACACCGGCCUGGACCGACCGUGUGCUGUGGAAAAGAAGAAAGUGGAACUUUGAUAAAACUGCGGAGGAGUUGGAGUUGAAUGUAGUAGGAGCUCCAGUGAAUGAGGAAGAACAGUAUCCAUGGAGCCCUGGAGACCUCAAGUAUUACGGCAGAGCUGAGCUGAAAACCUCUGAUCACAGACCUGUGGUGGCCAUCAUAGAUGUGGACAUACUUGAGGUGGAUCCCGAGGCUCGUCAUCAGGUGUAUAAGGAAGUGAUCGCCCUGCAGGGUCCUCCCGACGGCACCAUCCUAGUCUCUCUCUGCUCUUCUGGUCCCGAUGACUACUUUGAUGAUGCUUUAAUUGACGAUCUUUUGGACAAGUUUGCUAAUUUUGGCGAGGUUAUUCUUAUCAGGUUUGUUGAAGAGAAAAUGUGGGUGACAUUUUUGGAGGGAUACUCAGCUCUGGCCGCUCUGUCUUUGAGUGGGUCUACUGUGAAUGGAAAGACCAUAGACAUCCGCCUGAGGAGUCCUGGAUGGAUAAAGAGUCUUGAGGAGGAAAUGAGUGUGGAGAGAAUCUGUGGUAGUAUUCCAACAUCCACCAGCUCCACCCUGCUGGCAGAAAACUCUGACCUAGGAGAAGAGUAUGACAUGGAAGGUGAUGUGGACGAGGAGGUUGAGGAUAUUUUACCCCAGCACCUGCAGCCUGGAGCAGGCAUGGAUCUGAGUGCGUCUCCUGCCACAUCUCCACGCACCAGCCCAUGCCCUUCACCCACUCACGGAGAGCCAGCACCACCCAUCCGACCCAGCAGAGCGCCACCACGCACAGCCGGACCACCACAGGGAGGAUUAAGCCCAGCAUCCAUUAGAAGGGAACUGGCAGGUUCUCCAGUUGAUGGUCAGCCAGCAGGAGCUCCAUUCUCACAGGGACUAGAGCCAAAACGUCCCCCUCCGCCUCGCCCUAAUGCCCCGCCAGCCCGACCUGCACCUCCACAGCGCCCACCACCACCCUCAGGUGGCAGAAGUCCCACACCUGUUAGAAAAGAUUCAGCAGGCUUCGCUGAGCCUCUCAAUCUAGAGUUUGAUCUGACUGAUAAUGAAGGACAAAAAAGCCCUGCGUUAGCACGAGCAGAUGCAGCUGGUCGAGGUCAAGCCACCGGACCAGCUCCUGGAGGCAUCCCAAGGCCGAUCCCACCCCGAGCAGGAGUCAUCAGCGUCACGCCUCAGGCCAGACCUCCUCCUCCUGCUCAUCCCGGGGCCCCCAGACCCACAGCAGAGGUGCAUCCUGGAGCCCCUCGACCCUCACCAGAUAAUCAUCCCGGAGCUCCAAGACCCACUGCUGAACCCCAAAGCAAACCGUCUGAGCUGCCUCUGGGUCCACCCCUGACACUGCCAGGUCCCGUAAGGCCUCAGAUGACAUCACCCAUGCAGCCUCAGUCUGUGUCGCCCGUUCAGCCUCCAGUCCAACCCCAACUGCCCCCACCCAUACAAUCCCAGCUCCCUCCACCAAUGCAGCCCACCUUACCUGCUCCUCUGAUGCCUCAGCAGGCCCCUCAGACAUCAGCCGGAGCCGGAGCCGCUGCCGCCCCUCAGCCUGGACUGGCAUCUCCCAAACCUCCACCCCGCAGCCGUUCCUCUCAUGCACUGCCACCUGAAUCUGCUCCAGCUCCAACAACACAGGCCAAGAACAUGAAUGGAGUCCAAAGAGAAGCACAAUGGAACCUAGACCCCUUCGACAUGCUUAACCCUCAAUCCCUCUUCCAGAACACACCAUUCACCGCUUCCCUCUCUCGCUCCUCAUCCUCCUCUACAUCCACUCCAUCCCCUUCUUCCUCAUCCUCAACGUUACCCAGCAACCUUUCCCUGUUCUCAGCUCCGGACACCAGCAGCGCUUCGUGUCUCCUCGCUCCCCCCGCCCCAUCCCGCAGCAAAUCCCAAGAGACCCUCCGUUGCUCCCCUAAUCCAUUCCUCACAGACAUCCAACCAAGACCCAACAGCACCAACCCCUUCACCAGCGGGCUGCAGUCCUCCCCGCGCCGAUCGCUUACACCUGAUUUCUACACCCAAAUGCAAGCCUCUAAACCUGAUUUCAAUAGAGCUAUGUCUGCUGUAGGCCACAGUUCCACCCUUCCUCCAACGUUCUCCCGACAACAGUCCUUAGUUACUGCUACAGCUCCAGCCCCCAACAAACAAACGCAAAAGUGGGUCACCUUUGAUGAUGAUUUGGAUUUCCUUUCAAAAAGGGUUGGGACCGGCCCAUUAGCUUCACCUCUUCCUUUUCCACAAACCCAAAGCAGUUUCCCAAGCUCAGGCUUUGGCAUGGACAACAACUGGGCAUCGCUUCCCACCUCUGCAUUCCCAGCAAUCCCUCCGCCUGUACCAACCCGGACUAAUACCAGCAUCAAAAACGCCCAACUCCCUUCCAGAAAUGAUUUCACAGAGAGAUGAUAUAGAAUGGAUGUUAAAUAUGAAGGAAAUAUUAUUGCGUAUAUGUAUGGUUUGUAUAAAAGUGCAGAUAUAAUGACCUGUUCGUACAAAAAAAAAGGUAAUCUGGCUGUUUAUUUUAGCCCAAUGUGGGCAGGAAAUCAAGACUAAAUGCUCUUCAGAUUUGAAUAUGUUGUCAUUUGCAAACAUAUGCAUUGCAGCAUUUAGCAUAUUGCACAAGCUACAUAAUCAUUUGUAAAAAAUGUACAAAUGUUAAAUGAUAUAUCUCAUCACAACGUCGAUGUAAUCGUUUUAAUCACCCUCAUGUCGAAACACAAAAAUGAGAACUGUACUCUUUAUUUUGGACUUUCAUUAUACACUCAAAUCCAGUUCUAUAAUAUGUUCUUAAGAAGAAACAAAUAGACAUGAAAUGAGGGUGAUUAAAUAAUGAUUAUUCCUAAUUUUAUUCAUCAAAUAUCCCUUUAUUCUAUAACCCAAUACAUCCCAAGAGAAACAUGCUCUUAUCAUACGCACAGAUUUAAAAUGCCUGGCUGCGUCUGACCUGUUCUACACCAUCAUAUCUGUUCAAUGGGCUUCACGUGAGCUGUGGUACAUGCAUACAUAUUUUACUUUUGCCGUUAAUCUCAUUAUGAAUGUAUUCACCUGUUUCUGUUGCCUACAUUUAGGUUUAGAACGUGCGUCAUGUGCAGCAUUAACAGAUGCUUUGCUGCAAACUCAAAUCGAGGGUCUUAACUUCUCUCGGUGUUCAUGCUAUGCUAAAGACCCCGUGUCCCAGCCUCAGCACAUCCUGUAGCUAUAUAUCGUUGUCAGAAUAUAUCUUCAACACAUAUUCAUAGUGAUUCUAUGUCUUCCUAGUGAGGAAAAAAAAUGUAAAGUGAUUCUGGAUUGUGUUUAUAUUUGCAGCAUAUACAGUACAUGCCAUAUCUAAAGUGCACUGAAAAGCUCCGUCUGUCUUCUAGGCUGUAUUUGUUUCGCGCGGCGGCUCCUCUAAUUCAUCGACACUGUAUAUACAUGUCCUUUCAGUUUACCCAAAGCUCACCACAGAACUGCUGUAUUUAUCAAACGUGUUGUGCGCGUGAUUGAAUUGGUAAGUUCCUCCUUCAGGAUGUCGGUCAUGCUUUCUUUUGUGCAAUGUGUACCUAAUCGCUCAAUGAAAUUGUAUUUUUUAAGUUGAACAGGUUGUUGAUAAUCUAUUUAUUGUCGUGUGUGGAGGAAUACUGUGCUGUAUUUUGGAGUGCGUCGUCUGUUUUUGUGUACUUUAGCUGUUUUGCGCGAAUGCGCUUGCGUGUUUGGAUGGUAAUGUUGAGGGUUUCUGGUGUCUUUGUUACAUGUCUGCUGACCCCAGUGUCAUUAUUGCAUUACAUCUUCGUUGUUUUAGCGAUGCAGAUUUAUUAUGGUAUCAACUAUGGUUCAUUAUUGACAGUAAGGUGGUCUGUUAAAUUAAUAUUCCGUCAUGUUUACUCACACUCAUGCUGUCCCAAACUGGAACCAAAUCUUCAAAACACAAUUGAAAUGGACAUUUCUGUCCUUACAUUGAAAGUCUUCUCAUUCAGAACUCUUAAAGGGAUCAAAUCAACUAAUAAAUAUUUAUAAUUUAUAGCUAUUUUCAAAGUGUUUUAUGGGAUGAAAAGAUUUGAUUAGUCUUUCAUUCACAUACAAACACAGAUCAGCAAACCAUGUUCAACAGCAUUUCACUUUGGCAUGCUUGCUUGACGCAUGAGAACCAAGCAGGUUUGUUUUUGCUCGUCACAUGGCAAGCUGAGCUUCUGUAAGAAACCAGUCAGUUUUAUUCUAAAGUAUCAGUGCUUGCAUUUCUGUUUAUGGUUGCAAAUUAGUGUUUAUAUAUGAAUAAAAGCUUAAAUGAAAUCUGCCCAACCACAUUUAUGUAUUUUUAGAUCUCUUCAUGAAUAAUUUAAAGUAAGUUUUGGAUGAACUAACUUUUAAUACAGGGUUAGAAUUGCUUAGAAAUGUCUUCAUUUUGGUUCUGAAGAUAAAAAUUUUGGUUUGGAUGUCAUGAAGGUGAGUAACUGAAAACAAAUUGUAAUUUUUGAGUGAACUAACCCUUAAAAAGAUUAUGAAUGGUGUAAUAUGUAUGUUAAUAAUGCUUUGUUGAUAAAAGUAAGAUAUUUUGGCGAAUUUCAAAUGUGUUUGAGCUCCCAGAUGUGUUCAGUUUGUAUAGCAUUCCAGACGGUGUACUGAUGCAUUAUGGGUGAGUGAUCUGAUUUUAUGUGUGCAGUCAUUUUUAUUAAUGUUAUGCAGGUUUUUAAUGUCCCUCAAGGGCGUCAUGAAACCAUUCCUGGUUAUAGUGUAAAGGUGUUUCAGGAAACAGUAUUUUAUUUGUGCUUCUGUUCCUUGUUUACAUUUUAGGUACAAAUUUAACAUCUGCGUGGCUUUUCAUAUGUUCGCCUGGGACGUGUUGAGCGACGCAUUUUGGCUUUGAGCAUUACAGAUUUAUUUAUGUAAAGCACUGAAAGUUUUUGGUUGAACAAGGGGUCAGAGGAAUGCCAGCCAGCAGGAAUUAUUGCAAAGAUUUAUAUUUGAAUUAAUGCAUGAGAAACCAUUUCAAAAUGCAUUCCAAAGCAUUAACUGUGAACAUCUCCAGAAUACAGACUAGUAUCAGGUUGUGGAUAAUAUUAUUUAUUUUUUCUUUAAUGACUGAUAAACGCAAUGUAACCACUUAGCAUUCAAAAGCAUUUGUUCUGUAUGUAAUCAAAGCAUUAAUCCGGACAUUGUCUGCAACAGUCAUUAAUGAGAAGCAAGGUUUUCUAGAAAUAAUCGACUCCUUUUGCGAAGUUAACGUUCCUUUGUAGCUUUUAGCCCAGUAGUGAACAGAAGUCUGUGGUAUUAACCUUAUAUGUAUGUAAAGACAAACCACAAAACUACAACUCGAAUAUUGGAUCUGUAAUUGAAGUGCAUACCAAAAGUGCACAUUUAUGUAUGGAGCAAUUGAUGUUGUAUGUAUGCAAUAAUAAAUGUAAUUCAACAUGAAA